CUACCACCCUAGAGGAAACGGAGUGACUGGCAGGGGGGCAGGCAGCCACGGCCCUGGAGAGUAUGGGUGUGUGGAGGCUGCACCGCCCGCACCUGGGGCUCUCCCACUAGACGGCGCGGUGUCUGCCCAGGUCACCCACUGUCUUUGCGCUCAACCCUCAGAUCCUGCUCCGGUGGGUGGGUUGGGGGAGCAGACCCAGUCCCCGCCUGGCGGCUGCCCUGGGGCUGCAUGCAGCCCCGAGAGAGCCACUUGCGAGACACAGUAGCGGCUUUGCCAGGACUGGCACGGUCCCCGGAUUCGCGAGGAGGUCCGCCUCCUCCCUCCCCUUCCCGCGCCGCCUCCGCCUCCUUCCUCUGCCUCCACCCUCACCCCUUCCCGUCGGUGCGGAGCUCGGCUCCCGAGCAGCGCUCAGCCGGCCGCAGCUUGGUUGUGGGCUCGGGACAAGUGCUCCUUGCCUCCGCUCGAGAUGGACAGCCGCUACACCAGCGCCGCGGGCAUCGGGGACUUGAACCAGCUGAGUGCGGCCAUCCCCGCCACGCGCGUGGAGGUGUCAGUGUCCUGCAGAAAUCUUCUUGAUAGAGACACAUUUUCUAAGUCUGAUCCAAUUUGCGUCUUAUAUAUACAAGCAGUUGGAAAUAAAGAAUGGAGAGAGUUUGGAAGAACUGAAGUGAUUGAUAAUACUUUGAAUCCUGAUUUUGUAAGAAAAUUUAUUCUGGACUAUUUCUUUGAAGAAAGAGAGAAUCUCCGCUUUGACUUAUAUGAUGUUGAUUCAAAGAGUCCCAAUUUGUCCAAACAUGACUUUCUGGGACAAGUGUUUUGUACAUUGGGGGAGAUUGUUGGUUCACAGGGAAGUCGUCUGGAAAAGCCAAUAGUAGGAAUUCCAGGAAGGAAAUGUGGUACAAUCAUACUAACAGCAGAGGAGCUAAAUUGCUGCAGGGAUGCUGUCUUGAUGCAGUUUUGUGCAAAUAAAUUGGAUAAGAAGGAUUUCUUCGGGAAGUCAGAUCCUUUCCUUGUAUUUUAUAGAAGUAAUGAGGAUGGAAGUUUUACAAUUUGUCACAAGACAGAAGUUGUCAAAAACACUCUGAAUCCUGUGUGGCAAGCCUUCAAGAUCUCAGUCAGAGCCUUGUGCAAUGGAGAUUAUGACAGAACCAUCAAAGUAGAAGUAUAUGACUGGGACCGAGAUGGGAGUCAUGAUUUCAUUGGGGAAUUUACAACAAGCUAUCGAGAACUUUCUAGAGGACAGUCACAAUUCAACGUCUAUGAGGUGGUGAAUCCCAAAAAGAAAGGAAAAAAGAAAAAAUACACCAAUUCAGGAACAGUAACUUUACUGUCUUUCUUGGUGGAAACAGAAGUCUCCUUCUUAGACUAUAUUAAAGGAGGAACUCAGAUCAACUUCACUGUGGCCAUUGACUUCACAGCGUCCAACGGAAAUCCCGCCCAGCCGACUUCUCUCCACUACAUGAACCCUUACCAACUGAACGCCUACGGCAUGGCCCUGAAGGCUGUGGGAGAAAUCGUUCAAGAUUAUGACAGCGAUAAGAUGUUCCCAGCCCUUGGUUUUGGUGCAAAGCUGCCUCCAGACGGAAGGAUAUCUCACGAGUUUGCUUUGAAUGGCAACCCUCAGAAUCCCUACUGUGAUGGCAUUGAAGGGGUCAUGGAAGCUUAUUAUAGAAGUCUGAAAUCUGUGCAGCUGUAUGGGCCAACCAACUUUGCUCCUGUAAUAAACCACGUAGCAAGGUACGCAUCUUCUGUAAAAGAUGGCUCCCAGUAUUUUGUGCUCCUGAUUGUGACGGAUGGUGUGAUCUCAGAUAUGGCUCAAACUAAAGAAUCCAUAGUUAAUGCCUCGAAGCUUCCAAUGUCAAUAAUUAUAGUAGGUGUUGGACCUGCAGAAUUUGAUGCAAUGGUUGAAUUGGAUGGAGAUGAUGUAAGAGUUUCCUCCAGAGGGAAAUACGCUGAAAGGGACAUUGUACAGUUUGUGCCAUUCAGGGAUUAUAUGGACAGAAGUGGAAACCACAUAUUGAGCAUGGCUAGAUUGGCCAAAGAUGUCUUAGCUGAGAUCCCUGAGCAGUUCCUCUCCUACAUGAGAGCCAGAGGAAUCAAGCCAUCACCAGCACCUCCCCCAUACACCCCGCCUACACACGUGCUGCAGACUCAAAUAUGACUACGUCCAGAUGCUGAUGUUCAUCACACGUCAGUCAGAACUGCUGAGCCUAUGUGUUGUACCUGGUGCUCUGCUAUGAACCAGGGAAUGAGACACUUUCUCAGUUUGGUUUCAGCAGUACUCGAUAAUGUGCUUUCUCGGAUCCAAAAUUAAUUCUCUUCCUAAACCAAAACUGUAAAUAUGGUGGUUGCAUGAGCAACAGGAAAAUUGUUUAAAUGCUUGAAGCAAAGUAGAGAUGUCUUCUCUAAUUUUCAAAUAUUUUUGUUUUGUUAUCAACAGAAUAGUGAAUUUCCAAUGUAUUAUUGGGAAAAAGCACAAGCUACAUUUUUAACAUAAAUAUUGUCCUCGACUGCUAUAUAUAUAUAAAUAUAUAUACACAUAUGGGACAGCAGUCUCUGUAUCAAUGUUUACAUGUUACUACUUUUUAAAUUUCAAUACUUUUAUAACUAUUCUUAAGAAUAAGUUUUGAAUAUUGAAUCCUUUGUCUUCUAAAUUGCAAUAGUUAUAAUCACAAGAGCAAUAUCUCUUUGAAUGACUGUCUGGACACUCAUGGUAUGAAUGAGGGAAGAGUAGGAGGAAGAAAAAUCUAUUUAGUGAUUAAAAUCUGUCCUCACUUUUGGCCAAUAAUGGAGUUUAAACAUACAUAGACUCUGUAAGAAUGUGCAUUUUUCAUGGACUUUGGGUUUAAAAUUAGACGGCAGUAAACAUGUUUUGUAAUGCUAAGUAGGAGCAAUGAAAAGACAAACAUGGUAAACUGUAAAUGCACAGAAUAUACUUUGUAUAAAAACUACCAUCAUUAUAAUGCCAUUUAACAAGUAAAACCAAGACUGUAACUCCAAACCAUGUAGCAGGUAUUUUGAACUUUGUAUUCAGUUGUAUCCUGUCUAGAUACUUUAAUUCAAAGGGAUACUGGCUCUCUUGCUUGGGGUUUCUUGUUCUCACCAUUCCACUUUGCCACACGGGUUGCACAGGCUGAAGUCUCUUGUGAAUUCUCAGUUCAAUGUACACAGCCCUGUGACUUAGCACAUAACCCAUUUGUGAAAUAAACUUGUUUCUGUCCCCUGACUGUGAAAGAACCCAUCCCUGUCCCCUAGCUUGCCUGCUCACAAUCAAUUCUAAAUGGUUUUCACUGUACAGUUUUUAUACGAAUUACAGUUUUGUGAAGUUAUGUCUAAAUUUCUUUAGAACAAAUGGCCUUAAAUUCUCACAGAAUUCCUGGAAAUGAUUGUGAAUUGCCUUCAACAUACAGAAAUGUGUAUUUAUUUAUUGUUCUUUUGUGUCAACGGUGUGACCGCUUUAUAACCUCUCUGCCUCCCCCUCUUUGCUACUUGGACUAUUCCUACUGUGAGUUCUCUUGUCACAACUUGAUGUAUAGUGACUUUUAUAAGCAUGAAUCUGUUUUACUGGAAAAAUGCAUAAUCCUCACAGCUAACAAAAUCACAGGUACAUAACUGUGAUGUGAAUUGUCCAUUUUUAAAUACAUAUUAAAACCUUUAAAAGGAUAA